CGCUGUCACAAUUUAUCGGUGACAUGCGCUGCUGAUGAUAAGAAGGCACAUCAUGCGACGCAUGUCAAGUGCGGAAAUUGCGGACGCGAAGAAGAAAUUAAUGAAGGAAGUCAAACCUGCAGACGUUGUGGCUUGAAAUUGUCAGAAUAUUUCUGCCCGAAGUGUAAGCAUUUUACAGGAGUUGACAAGAACCCUUUUCACUGCGAGAAGUGCGAAAUCUGCCGCAUUUACAAGGACAGAUCCUUUCACUGCGAUGUGUGCAAUGUUUGCCUGGACAAGCGACUGGAAGGAAAACACAAAUGUCGGCCGAACUCAGGACAUGACGAGUGUUGCAUCUGCUUAGAGGAUGCGUUCAGCGGAUGUCAGAUCCUGCCAUGCUCUCACAAGGUUCACAGGGAAUGUGCCAUUGCAAUGAUACAGAAUGGCGUACGUAAUUGCCCAAUAUGCCGCCAUCCUCUGUAUGGUCAGCUCCAGCAGUAACUUCUUUGACUCUAGUGAUCCAAGCCAUGAUGGUGAACUUCAACUAAAAUUCUUCACUAGCGAGUGCCAGUUUAAAUAUUAGCACCAAGAAAUGUUUACUAAUAACUGAUACCAACGAGUUUAAGAAAAUGAGUAAAACGCGUUUAAGAAAUUAUUUUUUACUCAAUUUGGAAUCAGUGCAAAAUUUACACCAAGCUGCAAAUGCAUCAGAAAGUUAGAGUACAUAUCGUCAAGAUCAGAAAAAAAAUUAAAAUUGCCUAUAACUGAUGUCAGGCAAAAAGAGAUGAAUAGUUGAAACGAUCUAAAUGCCUCGUUAGAAAUAUAAGUGAACGUGGUUGGUUACCAAAAAGAAGAAAACAGCUAAAAAAGCGAUAAAGAUUUCAAAUUAAUCGGGAUAGAGGUCUUUGUUUUACAUUAAUUUAUUACCUAAUAAGUAUAUUUUUAUUCUAACUAAAUAAGAAUCUUGAAGCUGAUAAAGAUUUCGAGAUACGAAUGAUACCAAUCAAUAGUAAGUUGACUGUCUCUCGGCACUCGAUUUCCGUUUCUCGAAAACUUCGAGGAUCUGGGCUCGAGUCGAGUUUUGAGACAUCCAAGGUAAACCAUACGUAAUGACACCGUUGUCAAGAUAACUCAAUGAAAUAACUGGGUAAUUUCUUUAUAGACUUUUAGAUGAACCAUAUGAUAAUGGUACAUAGCUGGGAAACCGUUACCUUUUCAACUUGAAAAUGUAUUUCCACGAGCGGCAGUAGCAGUAGUAGUAGAAGUAGGUUGAAACUAAAACCACAGAUACAAGUUAACUAAAUAAACAAAUUGCAAACAGAAAAAAAGAAUACAAACGAAGCGAAACAGCAAAAAUACUUAGUACAUUAAUAACGCCAUCUACUACAUCGCUCGCAGUACCCAUGGACAAGAUGAAGCGAAUCCAGUCUUCUGAUUGGCUACCCGAGCGGGCAAGAUGGACCCAUCUUGCCCGCUCGGGAU